GAAUGGUCUUGUUUUUCACAUCUUCAGUUACGCAUCCUCCAGUGACUAUCUAUAUGGGCAAGGAUAAAGUAGAAAAUGAAGAACUGAUAAAGUAUGCCUGGCCACAGGAUGUGUGGUUCCACGUCGACAAGCUGUCCUCAGCUCAUGUGUAUCUUCGGAUGCCUGAAUCAAUGCAAUGGGAAUCAAUACCUGAAGGAUUACUCGCGGACUGCAGCCAAUUAGUCAAGGCUAAUUCUAUCGAAGGGAAUAAGAAGGACAACCUAACUAUCAUCUACACUCCCGCGGAUAAUCUUAAGAAAACGGGAGACAUGGCUGUUGGUCAAGUGUCCUUUCACAACGACAAACGGGUCAAGCGAGUCCACAUCGCUAAACGCGAAAAUCCAAUAGUCAACAGACUCAAUAAAACAAAAAUUGAGAAGGAAGUCAACCACGAACAGGAAAGAGUUGAUAGAAUAAAGCAGGAGACUGCACAACGUAGGGCCGCAGCCGCCGAAAAGAAGAAGGCAGAUCAGGAGCUGGCCCGUGCUCGAGAAGCAGAAAAGGCCGCUCGAUCUUAUGACUCCCUUUUCAACGUACCAGAAGACGAAGAUUCAACAGAGCCAAGAAAGACCGGACGAGAGUUGGAAGAAGAUUUCAUGUGA